CUGUGCCGCUAUCGCGUAGGAAAGAGCGCUACACGCGUGCCUGACGGGAUACUUCCACUUGGUUUCCGGGGACGCUCCGUUUCUGGGGAUAUUUGCUUUCACUGACCUCAAGCGACAGUGCAGAGAAGACGCAAUGACUACUGUAUGACCAUUUUGGUGCUUUCAUCUCCGGCUUCACCUCCGCCAAGCGCGUCUGGUGGAAGGGAUCCAUCAGAUUUAAAGCCAGAGUGAAUGCAGACGGCAGACUGCAGAUUUGACUUCCUACUUCAUGCUUCAUCCUUCAACUCCAUAUUUCCAAUUGUCGGGUAUCUCUCUCAUUCCAGGCUCCCCGGCCGCGAGCAUCUUGCUUCAUCACGUGUACUGUGCUGUACCCACACCCCAUCAUCCAGAGGACGAGAACACGGGUACUGGUACUGAUACAGAUACUCAUACAGAUACUCAUACAGAUACUCAUACAGAUACUCAUACAGAUACUCAUACUAAUCCUGCAGCUUCCAUAACCAUGGCUCCAUUACUUCCCGACGGGUUCAGCACCAUCAGCGAUGUUUGUUAUCCACGGCCAGGAAUGAUAGCAGGAAAGCUGGUCAACAUCAUUGGUGUUGUCAAAGACUUUAUGCCCCCACACCAAACUAGAGGUGCAGGUAUGUAUAUCUAUACUAUAUUCCCUUUAGGGAACCAAAGCGUCCCAAAUGGCAGAGCAGUUGUUGACAUGUAUGUCAGAUGCAAAAUGUACGAUUACGCUCGUAGAAUCAUCGGGAGAGGAACUAGAACUCUCCAUCUGGUCCCGCCGGAUCGAGUCCAUGCCUACAAGCGAGGAUAUUUCAGUUGGGGACAUAAUGGUAUCUCGACAAGUCAAGGUUGGUCUUCGAUCAGUGCCUGAGUAUUCUGACGCUCUCUAAAUACUGCUAUUGCUAUUCAGAUUCAACAAAGAUAUGGAACCAUCUCUCUGCUUUCCAACAAAACCAGCGAGUUUCACAUUCUGCCAUCUUGCAACGUCUCGCUUGGUCGUGUGGUACUUCAAAACCCUACCCACUGGCGUAAAUUUGCGCUGCCUCCAACUGGGAACACAAAAAAAGUUUUCAAUUACCCAAGUCGCCCAGAAAUAGCUUACGCCAUUCAAUGCCAUGGACAUUCCAUUAAUGAAAAUCGUAUUCCUGCGAAACAGGACGUCCACCACGUAACGCUAAAACCCACUACUACCAGGGACAGGUUUACCUUGUUGAAAGACGUUCGAAUGGUAUCCGAUAAACCGUAUUACGACAUCAUCGGAGAGGUCAUCAGAAAACAUGACGAUGGGAACUGCACCACGAUCUAUUUUUCGGAUUACACUGCCAACCCUCGCUUUUACGACCGGCUUCCGGCAGAUGAAGAUGAUCAGGCUUGGAAAGGUCCUUCGGGCAAGAUGAGCAUGCAGGUUAGCAUGUGGGAUCAGAAUGCACGAUACAUGAACAACCCAGAAAAUAAAGACUGCAGUUGGGUUCGGCUCGAGAAUGUGAAAAUUGGAUAUUAUCCCGACGAAACCAACAUUAAAGACCAAAGGGCCCUAGAAGGUAGGAUGUAUAAAGAUGGCAGUAAGGUUAGGGUUCAGUUUUUGAACCCCCGUGACUCCAUUAUGGAUCCUCGUUUGAAGGAAGCUCUCAAGCGGAAGAGGAAUUAUUAUAGAGCCCCUCUGAAACAGAAGUUGGAAAUCAGAAGUAAUGAGCGCAAACGCGAAGCUAACGAGGCCCCUGAAGGUGAACCAACAGGGAAGCCACCGUCCAAAGCCCGCAGGAAUGAGAAGAGAAAACGACAGUUUGCUGAAGAAAGACAAAAUCUCAAUGAGAGUGGUAAGCAACACUAUAAAUUAUCUCGACAGCGUCUAAUGUUUUCAACAGUGCGAUGCAAUCAUACAGACCGGUCUGUCACCUCGCUUGCAGACAUCACGAAGUCCGUGGAAAUUUUAUCCGGUCCGGACAGUGUAAACCCCCCGGCCCCUUUCACGAACUUGAAAUACAAGGCUUGUGUACGAGUCGUCGACUAUUUUCCCGACAGGAUGGAGGAUUUUGCCCAUGGGCUUUCGGAGUACGAUAUGUUAUCAGACAACGACGAGACAAUGGAUAUCGAGGGCGACGUGAUAGCAUGGGAGUGGGGUUUUGCUCUUCAGGUCGAAGAUGCUAGUACAAAGCACCAGCCGAAACGCAUAUGGUUGAUGGUCAACAACACCCACGCCCAAUUUCUUUUGACUAAGCUCGAAAAUGCGACCGAGUAAGAGUCCCACAAUCUCAUGGUUCUUGCAUUUGACUAACACCUGAAAGCCUUCGCAAGGAUAAACAACUUCUCACCGGCCUCAGGGAAAACCUCUGGCAAUUAUGGGGUGAUCUAGAGGAGAAGAAGUUGGCCCUCCUCAAAACCCAAGGGAAAAUCCCACCUUCUCCAAAGGAGACAUCCCUCCCCCCGUCCCCCAUCCCCAACGCCGACGACGAGGAUGCCGAAUAUUCUUUCGUGGAACGCAAAAUCGAGAAACCUGGCUCUGCAGGACGAGAUCCAAAUGCACGAUCCGCAAUCCUUAAGAAAUGUGUAGACAACGAAGACACGGCAGGUCUGGCGCCCAAAAAUAAACCCUUUGAGUGUGUGAUCCAGCAAUAUGGUAUCGAAUUCCCGGAAAGUGACGAGAAGAAGAUGGAUGCGCGGCCGGGGUUUCGGUGGCAACGGAUGUUUGCGCUCUGUGAAACUGCGAUUAUUUGAUGUAUGUAUAAUGGUUUUUAUAGUGGGGUUGGUGUGGGAAAGACUGUACCUGGUUGGGAAUUGGCCUGGGGUUGGUGGGGUGGGAUAGUGGUACCGGUAUAUAGCGAC